AUGCCGAAAAUCGUGGGUUACACACGUGGCAUGGUACUUUGUCAAAAAAUGCGCGACUUUUGCGAUGACCCGCGAAUGCCGCGAUUCGACAAAUAUCGACCAUAUCUCAAUUGGUUCGUUUCAUGCCCAGUCAAAGAGCUCAAAACAAUUCUGAACGAUGUGCGAACCGCUGAGGAGAUGAGCGAUAUUUGCGACAUUUUGGUGCGACAUCGAAAAUUUUUGGAUAGCAAUUUGAUUGAGCGAGUUUGGAAGACGCAAGUCGAGUGUGAUUUGACGACGCGAGGAUUUAGCGCGUUUGGCGAAGCGAUUCGCGCAAAAAUCGUCGCAAGUUGCGGUGCAAUUUUGGGAACGAGAAAGAGUUUUGAGGUUUUGGAUUGGUAUAUGGGAUGUUUGGAGAGGAAUGGAAAACAGACAUCUGGCGAUUAUGCGAGAGUCAAGGAAGAAUCCGAAAAGUAAGUAGUUUGAUGUUUUUUAAACUUCCGAAGCCUACGAGUAUAGUGAUACAUCGACUAAAUGACAUUUUCAUAUUUUUUAAGCAAGUGAGUUGAAAUAUUGGGUUCUAAAGUUACUCAUAUGAUAGAAUGGUCCAUAAGUGACUUAGCGACGUUUAGUCGAUAUUUAGUCGAUAAGCCGAGUCGAUCGACUAAACGUCGUUAAAUCACUUAUGGAUAAGGUAAAGUCAUAAAAAUUUAUAUCAUUCUGUUCGUCUUAGACCAUUCUACCAUAUGAAUGAAAUUAGAACCCAAUAUUUCAACUCAUUUGCUCAAAAAACAUCAAAAUUUUAUUUAGUCGUCAGGAAUCCAGGGAAAAUCUAGUCUACUACAGCUCUCUCGUCUGUCAUGAGCGGGCAAACGGGCAAAUCGGGUAAAGGGGAAGGCGGGUGCGGGCUACCCGGGCAAAUCAAGAAUGUGUGCGCGGGGGGCAGCGGGCAGUUUUUUUGCAGCUCUACCCAAUAUAUAUCAAAUAUAAUAUCAACUCAUUUGCUUAAAAAACAUGAAAACUUCAUUUAGUCGAUGUCCAACUACAUAUACCAACGAGGCAGGGAAAAUUCAUAACUUUUGAGAAAAUGUUAUUGGUGCCAACAUUUUUUUAAAGACUCGGGGUUUCAACUGAAAAAAAACCGAAAACUGAGUUUUUUAAUAGAACGUGAACUAUGACGUGGCAAUUUACCAAUAAGCAUUUCUAACAAAAAAAAACCAAAAGAAGCUUGAGGCUAGGAGCCUGAAAGACAAACGUCACAAAGGUCGAAGGCUAACAUGUCAAGACUAAGCCCAAGUUCAAGAACCUAAGCGAAACUUAGUCCAGCCCUAUUCAUCUCACAUUUUCAGAGUCAAAAAAGAGCUCAGCAUCGAAAAGCACAAUCAGAGAAUCAGAAACAUCCGAAACGCAAACAAAACUCGUGAAGACAUUGAAAAUCUCAAAGCCAAAAUCGCGCAACUCGAAAAACUACCAGAACUUCGAAUCUAUCAACGAAUCGUUGACAAAAACUAUGGAGAUAUGAUUGAAAACUUGAAAACCACUUUGGAUUUGUAAGUUUUUCGGAAAAAAAAUUAGAAAUUUCAACAAAAUUGCUCUUAUAGGCUCUUGCAACGUCAUCCGGAUUCGAUGGAAAUUCUCGAGACAAAACUCGAAGUUUUGCGAUUCGCCGAAAAUCUUCAAAACUAUCUGACGAAUGCAACGACGCAACUCGAAAGAUGUCGCGCGAAUUUGCCGCCAAAUUCAAGUGUUGAAGAAUUUCCGAGUGUUCAAUUUCGCGAGAAAUAUGCGAGAUUGACGAACGAAAAUGGACUUCCUAAUUUUUUGGAGAAUUUGUGA